ACGUAAAAGCAGCAAACGAACAUAUGCAAAUGCAAUGUUAUAGCAGGCGCUGCAAUAAUAACAGACAAACAACUAAAUGUUAUAAACAGUUAGGCUUGAAUUUGGUUUUUGUUGUUUUUUUUUUUUGUUUGAUUGAGCAAGUGACAGUCUUCAUUGAGAUUCCGUCAGGAGAGCAACGUGCUGAACGCGUCUAUUUGCAAUUAUUUGCCUCGACGACGACGACGAAUAUAUUGCACGCGCAAAACAAAACGUUCUGCAUAUUUACCAAAUGUUCAAUUGUGAUUAACAGAUGCAUGGAAUUUGAGUACGCGACGGCGCCUGUAAGGAAUAAAUAGCUUAACUGACAGCUUUGACAGUCCGGGCAAAAGAAAACGAAAACGAAAAGAAAAAAAAAAAAAGAAAAGAAAAGAAAAGAAACGGAAAGCGCGAGGUGAGUGCGUGCAGCCAAAUAAAAAAAAAAUAAAAAUAAAAAAGCAAUAGAAGAAAAAAAGUCAUAAAACAAAAAGCAGACAAAAUAACGAAAUUGUGGAACAUUGUGUACAAAUGAUUAAACAUUGUAACAGCAUUUAGUAGCGGCAACGUUUAUUAUUAACACAAUAACAACAACAACAACAACAACAACAUACACACAGACACACACACACACACAGAGAGAGAGAGAGAGAGAGAGAGACAGUCGCUAUGAGUGUGGACACGUAUGCGCCGAGCUCGGCGCUCUCGUUCCUGGACAUGGAUGACAAUGAGCUGCUGCGCGGCGCCGAUACGCAGCCAACGCAAUAUGAUUAUCGUGACUUUACCAUGCCGUCCACAUCGCAGAGCCAGACCCAGGGCGAUCAGCUGGAUUUGCAGCAGCGUCGUGUUAGCGUACACAAUGAUAUACAUCCACGUCUGGGCUCGAUUACCAACGAUUUGGCCGAUCUGCAAUUUGAGGAGGAGGACGAUGAGGGCGGCGGCGGCGGCAUCGGUGGCGGCGGCAAUAUGGCAUAUGUUAAGGAGCUGCCGGCACAUGCCUGCAAAUAUUGUGGCAUACACGAUCCGGCCACGGUGGUCAUGUGUAACAAUUGCAAGAAAUGGUUUUGCAAUGGACGCGGCAGCACUUCCGGUUCGCACAUUAUCAAUCAUCUGGUGCGUGCCAAACAUCGUGAGGUCACCCUGCACGGCGACGGGCCGCUCGGCGAGACCAUACUCGAGUGCUAUUCGUGCGGUGUGCGCAAUGUGUUCGUUUUGGGUUUUAUACCCGCCAAAGCGGAUUCGGUGGUGGUGUUGCUGUGUCGCCAGCCGUGCGCCGCACAGAAUUCGCUGAAGGACAUGAACUGGGAUCAGGAGCAAUGGAAGCCGCUUAUUGCCGAUCGCUGCUUUUUGCCCUGGCUGGUCAAACAGCCCACGGAGCAGGGACAGCUGCGUGCACGCCAAAUUUCGGCGGCACAGAUCAACAAGCUCGAGGAGCUCUGGAAGGACAAUAUUGAGGCGACAUUUCAGGAUUUGGAAAAGCCCGGCAUCGACUCAGAGCCGGCUCAUGUGCUGCUGCGCUACGAGGAUGGAUAUCAGUACGAGAAGACUUUCGGGCCGCUGGUGCGCCUCGAGGCGGACUACGAUAAGAAACUGAAGGAAUCCGCCACACAGGAGAACAUCGAAGUGCGCUGGGAUGUGGGCCUAAACAAAAAGACAAUCGCAUACUUUACGCUGGCCAAAACCGAUUCGGACAUGAAGCUUAUGCAUGGCGACGAGCUGCGUUUACGCUACGUGGGCGAGCUCUAUAAUCCAUGGAACGAGAUUGGCCAUGUGAUCAAGGUGCCGGACAACUUUGGCGACGAUGUUGGCCUGGAGCUGAAGUGCUCCACGAAUGCUCCGGUCAAGUGUACAAGCAAUUUUAGCGUGGACUUCAUCUGGAAGUGCACCUCAUUCGAUCGCAUGACACGCGCUCUGCGCAACUUUGCCAUGGAUCGCAAUUCCGUAUCGAAUUACAUCUAUUCGCGCCUGCUGGGCCACGGACGUGCCGAUGGCAGCGACGAAGUGCUCUUUCGCGGACCACAGCCCAAGCUGUACAGUGCACCGCACCUGCCGGACCUCAAUCGCUCGCAGGUGUAUGCCGUAAAGCAUGCGCUGCAGCGUCCGCUUAGCCUGAUCCAGGGACCGCCGGGCACGGGCAAGACGGUCACCUCGGCGACCAUUGUCUACCAGCUGGUGAAGCAGCAUGCCGGCACUGUGCUGGUGUGCGCGCCCAGCAAUACGGCUGUCGAUCAGCUGACGGAGAAAAUUCAUCGCACCAAUCUGAAGGUGGUGCGCGUCUGUGCCAAGAGCCGUGAGGCGAUCGAUAGUCCCGUCAGCUUCCUGGCGCUGCACAAUCAAAUACGCAAUAUGGAAACCAAUUCGGAGCUGAAGAAGCUGCAGCAGCUCAAGGAUGAGACCGGCGAGCUUAGCUCGGCGGAUGAGAAACGCUAUCGCAGCCUAAAACGCGGCACCGAAAACCAAUUGCUCGAGGCGGCCGAUGUCAUCUGUUGCACCUGUGUGGGCGCCGGUGAUGUGCGUCUAUCUCGCAUCAAAUUCACAUCGAUACUGAUUGAUGAGUCCAUGCAGUCGACGGAGCCGGAAUGCAUGGUGCCCGUGGUGCUCGGCGCCAAGCAAUUGAUCCUGGUCGGCGAUCAUUGCCAGCUGGGUCCGGUGGUUAUGUGCAAGAAGGCGGCACGCGCCGGCCUCUCGCAGAGCCUGUUCGAGCGUCUGGUGGUGCUCGGCAUACGUCCGUUCCGUCUCGAGGUGCAGUAUCGCAUGCAUCCGGAGCUAUCGCAAUUUCCAUCAAAUUUCUUCUACGAGGGCUCGCUGCAGAACGGCGUCUGCGCCGAGGAUCGACGCCUCAAACUGGACUUCCCCUGGCCGCAGCCAGAGCGUCCGAUGUUCUUUUUGGUAACGCAGGGCCAGGAGGAGAUUGCCGGCUCGGGCACCUCGUUCCUCAAUCGCACCGAAGCGGCCAAUGUGGAGAAGAUCACGACACGCUUCCUAAAGGCGGGCAUCAAGCCCGAACAGAUCGGCAUCAUAACGCCCUAUGAGGGACAGCGCGCCUAUCUGGUCCAGUAUAUGCAGUAUCAGGGCAGUUUGCAUUCGCGUCUCUAUCAGGAGAUCGAGAUAGCCAGCGUGGAUGCGUUCCAGGGCCGUGAAAAGGACAUCAUCAUAAUGUCCUGUGUACGCUCGAACGAGCGCCAGGGCAUCGGCUUCCUCAACGAUCCGCGUCGCCUCAACGUGGCCCUAACACGCGCCAAAUACGGCAUCAUCAUCGUGGGCAAUCCCAAGGUGCUGGCCAAGCAGCAGCUGUGGAAUCAUUUGCUCAACUUCUACAAGGAUCGCAAGGUGCUUGUCGAGGGCUCGCUGAACAAUCUAAAGGAAUCGCUCAUACACUUCCAGAAGCCCAAGAAGCUGGUGAACAACAUGAACAUCGGCGCCCAUUUCAUGUCCACCAUGAUGGCCGAUGCCAAGGAGGUGAUGGUGCCCGGCUCCAUAUACGAGCGCAGCAGCGGCUAUGGCCGCCAAAUCUCCGCCAGCUCGCAAUCACAAACAAUCAAUGGCGGCCACUAUGCAUCCAAUGCUUAUGGUGGCGGCGGCGGCACCGUUGCCACCGGCGCCGGCGGCAACAACAUGUCCAAUGCAGCCGGCUACGGUGCCGGCAAUGGCAAUAACAAUUACGGCAGCAUGGCCAAUCCUGCCGGCGGCGGUGUCGGCGGUGCUGGUGCUGGUGGUGGUGGUGGUGGUGGCGGCGUUGCCAAUCCCGCCAGCUGGACGGCCAGCCAUCUGCACGAUUCGAUUGGGUAUAUAUCGAAUGAUCAUGGCGCCGCCGCCUUGGGCAACAUGCCGGUGCCCGUGGGCAUGUUCAUGAACAUGAGCAAUCUUCCGCCGCGUUUCUACAAUCAGCAUCAGCAGGCAAUCAUGGCCGCCAAGCAGAAUCGUGCCAUGCAACAGCAACAACAACAGCAACAGCAGCAACAACAACAACAACAACAGCAGCAGCAGCAGCAGCAACAGAAUCAGGCGGGCUAUGUGCCGCCCAUUGUGGGUGGCAAGAAGAGUGGCAAAUUGUCGAAGGCGCGCGCUGGCAAUGUCCAUGCUGGAGCGGGCACAGCAACUGGCACAGGAGCAACUGGAGCAAGUGCAGCAAUCGGAGCGACUCCGUUCAGCCAACAGCCGACGGCUUUGUCGCUGCAGAUGACACAGCCGAGCGGAUUUGCGCUCUCACAGCAGCCGGAAUUGUCGCAGGACUUUGGCCAGAUCUCGCAAAUGGAUGGACUGCUCUCCCAGGAUGUUGCCUUCAAUGUGUCGGGCGAACGCAGUUUGAACCAAUUUUCGCAACCUUACUGAGAUGCUUGAGGAGGCGCGCACAAUUGCAACAACAAUUUACAA